AUGUUAUUGCUUAACAAAGCACAAGACUUAAUCAGCUAUCAACCUGAACAAAAGAUUAUGACUGAAUCUGACUUGAAGAAAAGCAAGUUCAACUUUGGAGGGUUCUUUAAGAAAAAGAUCCCAAAUGUCACCAUAGCGAAAACCGAAGUCAAGAACACCAAGGAUGAAGAGUUCACCAAGGAUUACUUGCUGCACUUGGAGAACGAAGAGAGAAAGGCCCAAGAGGAGCACUCACAGCCUCGAGAACAACCACCAUCAAUUCCAUAUAACACCUCUAUCACAGAUGGAAACAACCAGAGCACGCAGGCCCCUCCGUCGAUACUUGACAAUGCAAAUCACAUCACUGUAGUGCAAUCCAUAGACUCUUGUAGCGGUGAUGGCAACCCCAGCCAUGUUAAUGCACACAUCGAGAUCGACUCAUCUGCAGUUGCUGGCCAUCACAAGAAUGGUCAUCACGACUUCGAUUCGAAGAGAGAUGAAUAUCAUCCAGUUACGCACGUAACCUCUCCUUCACAUCUCCUGGUCAAUUAUCAAGAGCGUUACACAUCCUUCACUACAGAUUGCAUAUCUUUACAGAACUCCGAUAUGACCAGCCACAUGGAUGAAGACUCCAACUAUAACAAUCCUAUGAAUUACAGCCCGAUCGGUAAAAGAUUGUUAGACGAUAGAAGCUCUAUGGAGAUAGUGCGACAGGAGAAUAAUAGACCUAAAUCAACUUUGAAGAGCAUACUAAAGAAUAGAACUGAGAUACUAAGAGUUAGUGUCAAGAAGGGUGUGAAUAGCCCACAGGGAGGUGUGGAAGGUGUGGAAUUGGAUAACGACGGGCGUUCUGGACACUCUGACUUACACUCAGAUAUACCGUCUGAGCUUCAUUCAGAAACGGAUUCUGAUUUUGAAUCCACUUACCCAAUACAUCCCUACGAUGAGGCGAGCGCUUCGUCUGCUAAAGAUGUACUCUCUGAGGCAGAGUCCGAAGCAGAUAUCACUGCCUACCUUUCAGAUUGUGAAUCAGACUUGAAUUUUGACCCCCUCCAGGAGGAAAAUGCCAACGACUACAAAAAAGGUGGAUAUCAUCCAGUGGCGAAAGCUGAGAUAUACUACUCAAAGGAACUUCCUGGUAGGGAGUAUAUAAUUUUAAGAAAGUUAGGAUGGGGCCAUUUUUCCACUGUGUGGUUGGCCAAAUCUUUGUAUAAUGCCAAGAAAGAUACUAGAACAGAUAAACUGGGGGAUACUGACACUUCUGAAUACUACGUGGCUAUUAAAUUCGUCAAGUCUAAUAAGCAUUACCUUGAAGCAGCAGAAGAUGAAAUUUCUCUUCUUCAAACGAUCAACCAGCCUCUUGUCCAUGGCGACCAUCUUACAUCCAAGCAGAAGCAAUAUUUCGAAAAGUUUCAGUUUAACAAAUACAACGAACCAAUCGGCCAUCCAGGGUUUAAAAAUGUAAUGAAACUUUUGGAUAACUUUGAAAUAUUGGGUCCAAAUGGGACUCAUAUUUGUAUGGUAUUCGAAAUUCUUGGUGAGAAUGUCUUCAACUUGAUGUGCAAAUACAAGAACUUUUAUAGUAGUAUGAAAGAAGAGUUGAAGUUGAAAAAGGAAAAUCAGAAAGCUACUGGUGUUGUUGGAGCGUUUUCGUUUGAUACUUUGCAACUGUUUAACUUUGGCACUAGAAAGGAUAAACUGCAAGUACAGCAAUCAAGUAGUACAAAUGGUGGUGACAAGAAGAAGAGGACUAUUUCAAAAUUGAGUCUUGGCUUACUUAGCGGUGGAAGUAACAAUAAUAAUAAUAUUAGUCCUACUUGUAAUCUGAACCCUUCACCAGAAGCUACCUCACUUCCAACCUCGGCUCAGUCUUCUGUUGAACAGGACUGCCCCCCAUCAUCAGUAGCUUCUUCCAUUGGGGAUGAAUUUCUCGUUUCACAAGCUAGAACGAGCCAAAUAAUGGAUGAAAAGAUUCACUCCCUUGACAUCAAGUCUUUGAGUGCAUUGAUGGACCAACUGAAAACGUAUGGUGGUUUGCCUUUGUUGAUUGUUAAACAGAUAGCGAAGCAAAUCUUCUUGGCUUUAGAUUACAUCCAUCACUGUGGUGUCAUUCAUACAGAUUUGAAGCCUGAAAAUAUAUUGAUUGAAAUUAAAGACAUAACAAAGUUGAUCAAGAUGAUUGAAAACGAUAAAAUUGCUAAGCACAACGAAAAGAAAAACAGUGGGUCCAGCUUCUUGUCAAGAAAGACCUCCAAAUCUACCAUUAAAGAAGGUGAAGAGGCAUCGGUGGGUCGUAAGUCAUCUAAUGUAUCUUCUUCUUCUUCAUUUUCGUCGUGUGGUUAUAGAAAAUCGAGAGUCUCAUCUCAAAUAUCCAAAAGAGGUUCAGAUACUCCAAUAAGGUCCUCCAAACCAUUACCAAGUUCAAUAACGACUGAUAUUGUCUUCAAGAAUGUAUCAUAUAAGCAAGAAUCUCCAAUGAAACCCAGCUUUGGCGUAAUGAGAAACCACCUGGUUGACACUUCAAUGCACAGUCCAACAGAUGCGGUGCUCAAUGCUAAGAACUCAUCUUACCAAUCUAACAACUCAAUGACGUCCUCAAUUACAGAUGAUAAUUCUAUCUCUGUGAAGAUAGCAGAUUUGGGAAAUGGAACUUUCUCGCAUACUCACUUUACUGAUCAGAUACAAACUCGUCAAUAUAGAUCACCAGAAAUAAUAUUGGGUUACAAGAAAUGGGGAGCAUCUACUGACCUUUGGUCCGUCGGCUGCAUGAUCUUUGAGUUGAUUACUGGUGAUUACUUAUUCGAUCCGCACGACGGCAAGCAUUAUGAUAGAGACGAUGACCACAUGGCACAGAUUGUAGAACUAUUAGGUGGUUUCCCUAGCAAGGAAUACUUGAGUCAGUGUAAUUUUGCUAAGGAUUUCUUCAAGAUUGGGUCUAGUGUUAAUGGUAGUUGCAGCACCAACAGCAGUUCUUCUGGCAACAAUGAGGUUCGCUUUAGAAAGAUUCCACACCUUAAAUACUGGCCAUUGCACAAUGUUCUCGUCGAGAAAUAUCAUUUCCUGAAAGAUGACCCCAAUGUAGCGCAACUUGCAGAUUUGAUUGGAAAAUGUCUUACAUUUGAAACAAAAGACAGGGUUGACGCUGGGUCUCUUUCUAACCAUCCGUGGUUUUACGAUUGCGCUGUCUAUGGUACCUUGGAUGGGAAAGUUGUGAAUGGUGAGUUUAUUGAAACACAUGGAGAAGAUGUCCCCGGGUAUUGUUCUCCUUAUUCCAUUGAUCAGGACGAAGGCAAUGGGGAAGAUGAUAAUGGAGCUACAGAAGCAUUUUUUGAAUAA